AACUAAAUACAGUAUAAAUAACAAUGAGUAAUAAAAUCAUUUCAAUUUUUCUACUAAUUUGUUGUAUACAACAAAUAUUUUCGGAAAAUGAUGCCAUACGGGCUGUCAUAGAGUUUAAAGCUAAAAGCAAUCCCAAUCUCUACGACAAAGAUAUUAAUCCGAAAUUAGGCCAUAAUUCAUCGGUCAAUGUUGGCAUCACUUUGUAUAUAAUUAACUAUAAAAUCAAUCCAAAGGAUAAAUCGGUAACAACAAACAUGUAUUUUCGUCAAUCGUGGUCAGACCCGCGUCUACGGCACUCGUAUCCCGAUAUCAAAGUGGUCGGCAGUCAAUCGUUUGUCGACCGUAUAUGGACUCCGGACACGUUUAUAUCGAAUGCCGACUCCGUGUCCAGUGUUUCGGUACCCAAACCGACCGCUUUUGCACGGAUUGAUUCAAACGGCACAGUCCUUAUCAGUCAUAAACUCAAAUUGAUGACCCGGUGCUCAAUGGAUAACAGUUCACUAGUUUGUCCCAUUGAGAUAGAGUCAUAUGGCCAUUCAAUGAACGACAUUGACUAUGAUUGGGGUAUCGGUAGCCAAGGGUCAGGUAUCUCAACAAAUAAUAUCUGGGCUAUUGAUGGCUACAAACUUAACACAAAUAGCACUGAUUAUGUUAGAAAAGUGGAAAAUCUCAGCACCGGCAAUUAUACAGGACUAGUAAUGACUAUGAAAUUUGAACGGGAUACUAUUUAAAUAAAUAUCAAUUAAAUUAAAAUAAAAUAAUCAACAAUUGUAUUAUUU